UAUUUGGGGUGGAAGCCCGUACCGUCUCUCAUUUCAUUACCAUUUUGGCCGCCGCUGUCGGUGUGAGAAGGGAAGAAUCGAGCAAAAAUGAAGAAGGAAGACACUGUGAAGCUCAUCAGCGCUGAGGGAUUCGAAUUUGUGGUCGAUAAAGAAGCAGCUAUGGUUUCACAGACAAUACAUAACAUGCUCACCUCUCCGGGUAGUUUUGCCGAGAGGCAGCACGGUGAGGUGACUUUCCCUGAGAUCAGCACCACCAUUCUCGAGAAGAUUUGUCAGUAUUUCUAUUGGCAUCUGCAAUUCGCUAGUGGGAAGGAGACUGAGUUUCCUAUUGAACCCGAAUUGACUCUGGAGUUAAUGAUGGCUGCCAAUUACCUGCAUACUUGAUCGUUUUGACUUCCCAGAUGACGGAACUGUUCUCAGUAGUCAUACAUCAUUGUUGCAGUUGGAGACUGUAUGUUUGCAGCAACUUAGUACAUAAGUAGUCUUUGUAAUGUACCUCAGCUACCCCGUAACCAUGAAUGAAUUGACUGCUGUCGGAUGACGAUAUUUGUGUAGACAACUGAUUCAAAGGUGCUAGACUCUCUAUCGCUCCCCUACCCACUUUUCUCUCCAAAAGGAAAGUUAAUUUAGAGCGAAAACUGUGUUUAGCUUAAAGAAUGACGACAACUUUUUGACGAACUCUGCCAUACUUAUGGAGAGCACACUCGCGCGGACUUAUCCUCUGUAUUAAUGGGAUUCCUGUUUUAUUUUAACUUUUUUGUUAAGAGGACAGGGUUUUCGUUC